UAACGGUUGAAAGUUCGAAUCUGGCUUAAACCACUUAAAAACUAAAGUAUAAACAUGGUUGCGUUCGUAUUGUCAAGAAUAUAUAGCAGCUGCUGGUGUGUCAGAAGAAAAAACACGUUUAAAACCUAACGAGCGACGUUAAAUUGACGUCUGUUAAUUUAUAACUUAAAAACUUCCUGUGGAAAAUCGUGGUUAGGGUAGUUUCCUAUUUGUUUGACCUUUAAUACACUUCACAACUCAAAGUUCCAGUAAAGGAUGGUGUUACACAGACUGUGUCUGCUCCCGGCAUUGUUUUUUAUUUUUUUUCGCUUAAGAUAAACAUGAGGCCAAACUUGAGAGAAAUCAUUUUUCUCUGUGGAAUUAUUCUUAUUCGCGCAUCUACAUCUGCUGGUCAAACAUGCAGAGGGAAGUGUGGGGACAUAUUGGAGGAAUGCUCCUGCCAUACAACCUGUGUGUCUUUGCUGAACUGCUGUGCAGACUACAACCAGUCCUGUUUCCAGGUGACGCCUCACUCCAGCUCCAUGCUGGGUGGAAGAGCUCUCAGGAUCCUCAGUUUGGUCCUUCAUCCAAGUGAUCGCCUUCUCUGCAGGUUCAAAGGUGAGAUGGUGCGCGAAGGGUUUAUUGAUGCUGAAGGCCGUGCCCACUGUAUCACUCCUUUAUUGUAUGAGACGGGAUGGAUACCAUUUGAUGUCUCAACAAACGGAACAGAUUUUGACAGAUCCGGAGAGUACUUGUCAGUCCACCCCAGUAAAGCGGACCCUGCUUCUGAAGUCACCCUGGUGAAUGCAACGCAGUGGCAGAACUAUGGUACAGUGAAUGUGGCAGGGCGGCUGAAGAUGACGUGGAACAGCUCUUUGGUUGGAGCAGAUAAGGUCAACAUAGAGCUGUGGGGUUACAGAGAGUUCAGCAGGAGCACAGAGGCAGGGAUGAAUGGAUCAUCCUCUCUGCGGGCUGAGCUGAGCUACCUGUACUCUGUCAGCAGGAAUCUGGAAAACAGCGGUGUCUUCAGCUUCGUCCCAGAGAGCUCAAAGGACUACUCUGACUGGGAGCUGGGGAACAUCCGCAUAACUGCUAGUUCUAAGUCAGAUGGAGCAAGGGAUGUACAGGGACUCUGGAGUGGAGCUCAUAUCUUAGCCUGGCACUUUGGGCAGUCUUUCAGAGACGACUCUGCUUCCUGGGCCAAAAACAAGUGUCUGCAGUGGGACGACCUGGAGAAGAAACUUCCCAACUUCCUCAGUGAGCUCAUUGACUGUCCCUGCACUCUGGCACAGGCCCGAGCAGACACCGGCAGGUUUCAUACUGACUAUAGUUGUGACAUUGAGAGGGGCAGCGUGUGCACUUUUCACCCAGGCAGUGUCCACUGCGUCAGAGCAAUUAAGGCCAGCCCCACGCAUGGAUCAGGACAGCAGUGCUGCUAUGACAGCACAGGGGCCCUGUUGCUGACGGGAGACUCGAUUGGUGGCAGCACCCCAGACAGGGCUCACGACUGGGGCUCACCUCCGUACAAGGAACCCCCGCGGGUGCCGGGGUACUCCCACUGGCUUUACGAUGUCAUGAGUUUCUACUACUGCUGCCUUUGGUCUGACCACUGCCACAUCUACCUCGACCAUCGACCUUCCAGCGGUUGUCGCAACUACCAGCCCCCAAAAGCUGGUGUUGUCUUUGGGGAUCCACAUUUCAUAACAUCUGACGGCCUCAACUAUACUUUCAAUGGCAAAGGAGAGUACAACCUUGUGUCUUCACCAGACCGAGAGCUGAGUAUUCAGGCCAGAACAGAACGAGUGAAACUUAAGAACGGUACCUUGGCCAGAGCUACAUCGCUGUCAUCAGUGGCUAUGAAGGACAAUACCUCUGAUGUCAUUGAGGUGCGUCUAGCAGAGGGCAGCCUCCAGGUGCUGAGGAACCAAAAGGUCCUGCCUUUCACCGAGCAAAGAUGGAUGGACUUAUACAGAGUAUUUGUGUUCGCACCCAGUCCUCAGAAUCUGACAGUGAUGUUCCUCUCUGGUGUGGGCGUGGAGGUUCGUGUGCAUGAAGGAAUCAUGGUAGUAACUGUCCUACUGCCUUCAGAGUUUGCCAACCACACCCGGGGUCUCCUUGGCCCGAUGAACUCAUCAAAUGACCUGUUCACCCAACAAGGAGAGGUCAUCUCCUUUGCUGACGCCACGCCGGACAAAAUCUUCACCUUUGGAGCUGGCUGGAGUAUUUCAAAUAAGUCUUCCCUCUUCACCUACGACUCAAAGUACCUUUUGGAUACUUUCCCACCAAACCACGACCCAGCUUUUGUUCCAGCCUUUUCUCUACCUGAGACACCUGAUGACCCUCUGGUGGCAGACAUGUUGUUGAUGUGCUCUGGAGAGGGGGCACGUUUCUGUCAAUAUGAUACCCUGACUACUCGGAGCCUCGCAGUGGGAAACGCCACACUCAGGGCCUUCCAAAACCUUCAGACCCUAAUGAAAGCCCUGCAGCCAGUUGUAUCUUGUGGCUGGCUCCCCACACCCAGGAAUGGGAAGAAGAAUGGGACACAUUACCUAGAGGGGGACACUCUGAGCUUCUCCUGCAAUGAAGGCUACAUCCUGUAUGGUUCAACACAGCGUACUUGUCUGGAUGACGGGACCUGGACAAGAGAGCAACCGCACUGUAUAACAGACAGUAAGGUGGGGUUUGUACUCGGCGCUGUUGGUGCCCUCUCAGCACUCGUCAUAAUGGGAGUGAUGAUCAAACUCCACAACAGGAACCAAGACAGAGAGAGAAAAGAGAACCCAGACCAGAUGGUGACCCAAGAACAGACUUGCUAAACCAUCGAAGCCCUAUCGGAUUAUGGAUCACUUCACUCCACACUGAAACCUUCAGCUAUGUGGCCUGUGGCAACAAAUAUGUUUGGCUGAGCACUUGGAAAUCAUGUGCAGCCGUGUUGUUCAUUAGGACGGUGGUCUUCUCUUGACCUACUGACCUUAUCAGGAAAACCUCAGGCGCUAGUUAGGCUUUCAGCGUGUAGUUUGGCCUCGUGUUUUUCCUCUUGUUUUGUUUGGAAAACCUCCAGGUCGUGGCAAAUGGCGCAUGGGGUGAGGACUGAGGGUAUUGAAGUGAAGGAAAAAUGCCAUGGUUGUUUUUAUAUUUCCGUUUUGCAUGACUGAACGUUCGAUCUUCGCCAGAGAGAAUUGUAUAAAUACUACAUGGAGAUAUUAUCAUUACAAUCAACACUCCCUUCUCCUGUUCAGUUUAAAAUAGGACCAGAUGUGUUCAUAUUCAUGUCAGUUGUGAAGCGAACCUGAUCAUUCCUUGGUUGAAAGACUUUGAACUCGUAUGCAGCCUUUGUGUGGGUUCACAGCUUUCAGUCACACGUAGGGUUUUGCUGAGUGACUGAGCCAGAAAAAUCCACAAAUGUUACAUAAAGGUCAUCUUUCUGCACCAUAUCAACAGUUGUUUCUCAGUUUUCAUUUUACUGUUACAUGUCUGUAUUGGAAAACAAUGACUGAGUGAAGCAUUGAAUUAAACAUCAGUGAAUGAUGGUGCAAAGUUCA